GGGAUAGCGUUUUUUUCUUACACUGGUCUGGAACUGGGAAGCUUGACUUGCUCUCUUCUGUUGGAACCAAAGCUAUAACUUUGAGGGCCUUCCUAGAAACCUUAAUGGGGUAGCAAAAUCUGCCAUGGUGCUAGUGACAAGAGCACCUUCAUCUUAUGCUCUUGUUAUAUAUAUGCGUAAAUGAAUAAAAUCAUAUAUCCUAAGGACAUCGCAACCAAACCAUGGGAAAGUGCCGGCAACCUUGGAGUCUCUCACCACUCAGAACCUGGGGUGUGCAUAACAGGAUAAUAGUAGGUCUCUAAAGAUGCUGGUUUAUCUCCAAUAUUUUUCUUCUUCAGCCUCUAGACACAUAGAAUGGCUUCUACAGGCACAGCUAAGAAGGCAGAGGGAGAACAGCCAUCAAACUAUGAACUCAUGCCCGUCUACUCUGCAUUGAUAGAGAAACCACCAUUUGUGUCCCCAACCCCCACCUUCAGAAGAUGAAAGAGGACGUCCUGUAUCAUUUAGCUCUUGGAACUGGGACCCACAAUUUACCUGCCUUGUUUGGAGACGUGAAGUUUGUAUGCACUGGUGGAAGCCCUUUGCGGAUGAAAGCCUUCAUCACAUCUAUCGCUAAGGAGCUGGCCAUCGGGAGCCCGACCUGCGACUUGCCCAACAUCUGUGCCGCAAUGGAUCGGUACGCCAUGUACAAAGCUGGCCCUGUGCUAGCACUUAGCCAUGGGAUAGGGAUGUCUUCCAUUGCAACUAUGUUGCAUGAGCUCAUCAAACUUCUGCAUCAUGCUAAAUGCUCCAACGUCAUCAUUAUUCGCAUUGGCACAUCUGGCGGAAUAGGUUUGGAGCCAGGAUCUGUGGUGAUCACCAAACAGGCUGUCGAUGCCUCUUUCAAGCCUCAGUUAGAACAGAUGGUCCUGGGGAAGUCUGUUCUUCGCAACACAAACCUCGAUGAGAAGUUGGCUGAGGAACUGCUGGAAUGUGGCAAGGAACUGCAUCAGUUCAACACGGUCAUUGGGAACACAAUGUGCACCUUAGAUUUCUAUGAAGGUCAAGCUCGCCUUGAUGGUGCUAUCUGUUCCUACACGGAGGAAGACAAAAUGAAAUAUUUAAAGGCAGCUCACGAGGCUGGAGUAAAAAAUAUUGAGAUGGAAUCUGCCAUUGUUGCAGCGAUGUGCAAUCUUAGUGGUAUCAAAGGUGCUGUGGUCUGUGUCACACUCCUGAAUCGGCUUCAAGGGGACCAGAUCACCAGCUCUCAUGAAGUCCUGGUUGAAUACGAAGAGAGACCCCAGAAGUUGGUGGGGCAGUUUAUUAAGAAGCGUCUUGGGGGAAAGUGACAUUUCUUCUUCUUUAAACUUCUCAUUUUCAUUAAAAUCCCGUGUUCCUUCACAAA